UGUUUGAGAGCUAUGCUACAGGCAAACAUUAGACAAAAUCUCCACGUCUGUGUCCAGAUUGCUACUAAGUAUCACGAACAGUUGGGGACAAAUGCGCUUAUCGAAAUUUUCGAAUCAUUCAAAUCAUUUGAAGGCUUGUUCUAUUUUUUGGGGUCUAUUGUUAAUUUUAGUCAAGAACCUGAAGUUCAUUUUAAAUAUAUUCAAGCUGCCUGUAAAACCGGACAAGUCAAAGAAGUUGAACGUAUUUGUCGCGAAAGCAAUUGUUAUGAACCAGAACGAGUUAAAAAUUUUCUUAAGGAGGCAAAACUUACGGAUCAAUUACCUCUUAUUAUUGUCUGCGAUCGCUUCGAUUUUGUUCAUGAUCUCGUCCUUUAUUUGUUUCGUAAUAAUUUGCAGAAAUACAUUGAGAUUUAUGUGCAAAAAGUUAAUCCAGCCCGUUUACCAGUAGUUGUUGGAGGUCUUUUAGAUGUUGAUUGUUCAGAGGAUAUAAUAAAGCAGUUGAUGGCCGUUGUUCGUGGUCAGUUCAAUACUGAUGAACUUGUUGCAGAGGUGGAAAAGCGCAAUCGGCUGAAGUUAUUACUGCCAUGGCUCGAAUCACGUGUACAUGAAGGUUCUGUUGAGCCUGCUACACACAAUGCCCUAGCAAAGAUUUACAUUGACCUUAAUAACAAUCCUGAACGUUUCUUGAGGGAAAAUCAGUAUUAUAAUAGCUCUGUUGUCGGUAAAUACUGUGAAAAGCGUGAUCCACAUUUGGCGUGUAUUGCAUAUGAACGUGGACAUUGUGACCAAGAUCAAAUCAGA